CUUACAAUACGCGUUUCAAUCAGGAAGAGCAAUGGGGAACUACAUACAGCGAUCUUAAAAAUACUCGCUAAUUAAAUCAGAUUGUAAAGGGGAUGGCUGAGCUUAAGACAGUUGCACUAUUCGGAAUAGUGUCUCUGUCUUUCUAUUGUUUUGCUUUGUGGAAAAACUCUAAUGUUGGUGUGAGACGCGUGCUGCUGUUGGCCGGGCGAGGGCUCCUGGUGCUGGCUCUGGCUACGUGGCUGGUGUCGGCAGUGUUUCCACGGCUGAGAUCCCUCUUCCAGUCCACUCUCCACCUGGUCUGUCCCCAAGGUCAGCGUCAGCCACUCCACACUCUGGUACCUGAAGAUGAAGCGAACUGGGAACGGGACAAGGCCAGGAAAGAACAACAGGAGAAACACAAUGAGAAGGCUUCCACAUAUCAGGAGGUUGUGCUGAGGCCUCGUCAGGAGUCCAGGCUGAGGAAGAAGCAGGAGAAGCUGUACAGGAUGACUGGGGAACUCUGGAAGCUGUCGGCGGGGCAGGCACUUCGGGCGAGUGCAGCCUCCGAUCAGGAUGCCGGUGCUGGCAAGGAGCCUGCCUCUGACACUCCAAACCGAGAGGCCAUGAGGAGACAGAGGCUGCCGGAGACUCUGGUCAGGGUCCCCCCUCCUUCAGAGCCCCCCCAGCAGAAGAGGGUUGUUGUUUUACCUGAAGAACCACCAGAAGACUCUGAAGGGGCAGUCAGGGUGGCUCUCAGAUGUACCAGCGGAAGGACUUUCAGAAGGACGUUUCUCAAGUCUCACAGCUCACAAGUACUUCUGGACUGGAUGGUGAAGAUUGGUUACCACCCAGCCAUUUACACCAUCUGCACAAUGUACCCCCGCAGACCCCUGAACAUUGCCCUGGACAUCAGUCUUGAACAAGCCGGAAUUACAAAAAACACAGUUUUGAAUGUGGAUGAAAAAGACCCCUCUCCAACAUGAGAAAGCCUCUUGCUCUCUCUAGGGAGAGCUACUUGUAGUGGAAGGAAAUAAACAAAACUGUGUGUCUAAUAA